CCCCUCAGGCUCGGCUGCGCCGGGGGCCGCUGGCGGGUUCCUGAGGUGGCCUCCGCCCCGGCCGCUCCGCCCACGCCCCCCGCGCCUCCGCGCCCGCCUCCGCCCGCCCUGCGCCUCCCUUCCCCCUCCCCGCCCCGCGGCUGCCGCUCGGCCCCGGCUUGCGCUUCGAAGAUGGCGGCGCUGAGUGGCGGCGGUGGCAGCAACAGCGGCGGUGGCGGCGGCGGCGGCGGCGGCGGCAGCGGUGGCGGCGGCGGCCCCGAGCAGGGCCAGGCUCUGUUCAAUGGAGACAUGGAGCCCGAGGCCGGCGCUGGCGCCGCGGCCUCUUCGGCUGCGGACCCGGCCAUUCCCGAAGAGGUAUGGAAUAUCAAGCAAAUGAUUAAAUUGACACAGGAACAUAUAGAGGCCCUAUUGGACAAAUUUGGUGGGGAACAUAAUCCACCGUCAAUAUACUUGGAGGCCUAUGAAGAGUACACCAGCAAGCUAGAUGCCCUCCAGCAAAGAGAACAACAGCUAUUGGAGUCCCUGGGAAAUGGAACUGAUUUUUCUGUUUCUAGCUCGGCGUCAAUGGACACCGUUACAUCCUCCUCUUCCUCUAGCCUUUCAGUGCUACCUUCAUCUCUUUCAGUUUUUCAAACUCCUACCGAUGUAUCAAGAAACAACCCCAAGUCACCACAAAAACCUAUUGUUAGAGUCUUCCUGCCCAACAAACAGAGGACAGUGGUACCUGCAAGAUGUGGCGUUACAGUCCGUGACAGUCUAAAGAAAGCACUGAUGAUGAGAGGUCUUAUCCCAGAGUGCUGUGCUGUUUACAGAAUUCAGGAUGGAGAGAAGAAACCAAUUGGCUGGGACACUGAUAUUUCCUGGCUUACUGGAGAAGAGUUGCAUGUAGAAGUACUGGAGAAUGUCCCACUUACAACACACAACUUUGUACGGAAAACUUUUUUCACCUUAGCAUUUUGUGACUUUUGUCGAAAGCUGCUUUUCCAGGGUUUCCGCUGUCAAACAUGUGGUUAUAAGUUUCACCAACGUUGUAGUACAGAGGUUCCACUGAUGUGUGUUAAUUAUGACCAACUUGAUUUGCUGUUUGUCUCCAAGUUCUUUGAGCAUCACCCAGUACCACAGGAGGAGGCCUCCUUAGCAGAGACUGCCCUUACAUCUGGAUCCCCUUCCGCACCCCCUUCAGACUCUAUUGGGCCCCAAAUCCUCACCAGUCCAUCUCCUUCAAAAUCCAUUCCAAUUCCACAGCCCUUUCGACCAGCAGAUGAAGAUCAUCGAAAUCAGUUUGGGCAGCGAGACCGGUCCUCUUCAGCUCCCAAUGUUCAUAUAAACACAAUCGAACCUGUCAAUAUUGAUGAAAAAUUCCCAGAAGUGGAAUUACAGGAUCAAAGGGAUUUGAUUAGAGACCAGGGGUUUCGUGGUGAUGGAGCCCCCUUGAACCAGCUGAUGCGCUGUCUUCGGAAAUACCAAUCCCGGACUCCCAGCCCCCUCCUACAUUCUGUCCCCAGUGAAAUAGUGUUUGAUUUUGAGCCUGGCCCAGUGUUCAGAGGGUCAACUACAGGUUUGUCCGCCACCCCACCUGCCUCAUUACCUGGCUCACUCACUAAUGUGAAAGCCUUACAAAAAUCUCCAGGACCUCAGCGGGAAAGGAAAUCAUCAUCAUCCUCAGAAGACAGAAAUCGAAUGAAAACACUUGGUAGACGAGAUUCAAGUGAUGAUUGGGAGAUUCCUGAUGGACAGAUAACAGUGGGACAAAGAAUUGGAUCUGGAUCAUUUGGAACUGUCUACAAGGGAAAGUGGCAUGGCGAUGUGGCAGUGAAAAUGUUGAAUGUGACAGCACCCACACCUCAACAGUUACAGGCCUUCAAAAACGAAGUAGGGGUACUCAGGAAAACGCGACAUGUGAAUAUCCUACUUUUCAUGGGUUAUUCAACAAAGCCACAGCUGGCUAUUGUGACCCAGUGGUGUGAGGGCUCCAGCCUGUAUCACCAUCUCCACAUCAUUGAGACCAAAUUUGAAAUGAUCAAACUUAUAGAUAUUGCACGGCAGACUGCACAAGGCAUGGAUUACUUACACGCCAAGUCAAUCAUCCACAGAGACCUCAAGAGUAAUAAUAUAUUUCUUCAUGAAGACCUCACGGUAAAAAUAGGUGAUUUUGGUCUAGCCACAGUGAAAUCUCGAUGGAGUGGGUCCCAUCAGUUUGAACAGUUGUCUGGAUCUAUUUUGUGGAUGGCACCAGAAGUAAUCAGAAUGCAAGAUAAAAACCCAUAUAGCUUUCAGUCAGAUGUGUAUGCAUUUGGAAUUGUUCUGUAUGAACUAAUGACUGGCCAGCUACCUUAUUCGAACAUCAACAACAGGGAUCAGAUAAUUUUUAUGGUGGGACGAGGAUAUCUAUCUCCAGAUCUCAGUAAGGUACGGAGUAACUGUCCAAAAGCCAUGAAGAGAUUAAUGGCAGAGUGCCUCAAAAAGAAAAGAGACGAGAGACCACUCUUUCCCCAAAUUCUCGCCUCUAUUGAGCUGCUGGCCCGCUCAUUGCCAAAAAUUCACCGCAGUGCAUCAGAACCCUCCUUGAAUCGGGCUGGUUUCCAAACGGAAGAUUUUAGUCUGUAUGCUUGUGCUUCUCCUAAAACACCCAUCCAAGCAGGGGGAUAUGGAGAAUUUGCAGCCUUCAAGUAGCCACUCCAUCAUGGCAGCAUCUGCUCUUUAUUUCUUAAGUCUUGUGUUCACACAAUUUGUUAACAUCAAAACACAGUUCUGUUCCUCAAACCUUUUUUUUUUUAAAGAUACAAAAUUUUCAAUGCAUAAGCUCGUGUGGAACAGAAUGGAAUUUCCUAUUCAACAAAAGAGGGAAGAAUGUUUUAGGAACCAGAAUUCUCUGCUGCCUGUGUUUCUUCUUCAACACAAAGAUCACGUGCAUACAA